ACACAGGGCUCAGUCUCGACAACAGCAAUAUGUCAAUGUCUUCAGUUGGUCCUCAGAGUCCUCUUGACAUGAAACCAGAUACUGCGAGCCUCAUGAAUUCUGGAAAUUUUAGUCCUUCUGGUCCUAACAGCCCUGGAUUGUUUGUUGGCUGUCACAGCAGUUUAUUGAGUACUUCACCGGGUGGGCAAUCUAAAGGAGCUGGAUCACCUUAUCCACCGAAUCAUCCCUUGUCCGGCAGUAAACAUUUGUGUUCAAUUUGCGGCGAUCGUGCUAGUGGCAAACACUAUGGAGUUUACAGUUGUGAAGGCUGCAAAGGAUUUUUCAAACGUACUGUCCGUAAAGAUUUAUCGUACGCUUGUAGAGAAGAAAAAUCAUGUAUUAUUGAUAAACGACAACGUAAUCGCUGUCAAUAUUGCCGUUAUCAAAAAUGCCUGGCCAUGGGAAUGAAACGUGAGGCUGUCCAAGAAGAGCGUCAACGUACCAAGGAACGUGAUCAGAGUGAAGUUGAGAGUACCAGCAGUUUACACACAGAUAUGCCCGUUGAACGAAUUCUUGAAGCUGAAAAACGAGUUGAAUGCAAAUUAGAACAUCAAGGAAAUUAUGAAAAUCCUAUGUCAGGAUUUACUAAUGCAGCAAACAAACAACUGUUCCAACUAGUUGAAUGGGCAAAACACAUACCACAUUUUACAUCAUUACCUAUCGAAGAUCAAGUAUUAUUAUUACGUGCUGGUUGGAAUGAGUUAUUAAUAGCUUCAUUUUCACACCGUUCAAUGGAUGUUCAUGAAGGUAUUGUACUGGGUAAAGACACAAUAAUUAACAGAAAUUCAGCUCAACAAGUUGGACUGAGUGCGAUAUUUGAUCGCGUAUUGUCAGAGCUUGUUUCUAAAAUGCGUGAAAUGAAAAUAGAUAAAACAGAAUUAGGAUGUUUACGUGCAAUAAUACUAUUUAAUUCUGAAAUACGUGGAUUAAAAUCAGCUUCUGAAGUCGAAAUCUUACGAGAAAAAGUGUACGCAGCUCUUGAAGAGUAUGUACGCAUUAACCGGCCGAAUGAACCAGGCCGAUUUGCUAAAUUAUUACUACGUUUACCGUCAUUACGUUCAAUAAGUCUUAAGUGUCUUGAAUACUUAUUCUUUCACCGUCUUAUUCAUAAUAUACCAAUUGAUUCAUUUCUUCUCGAAAUUUUGGAAUCAUCUUCGGAUUCUUAG